UGGCAGUUGUUUUAAGUUGCCUACGGCUUUAGCAUUUAAUAUUCUUUUAUUUCGUUCAACGAGUUAGUAUUGAAACCAGUAUUGAUCAUGGAGACAACCGAAAGAAGUUCGAAUAUCGUCAUUUCAAAUAUUGACGAUCAAUAUCAACAACAAUCUCAGGAAGAUAUUUCCAAACUAAAUUCGUUUGAUUAUACUGUUGUCGUUCUCUAUUUUUUCAUGAUAAUAAUUACCGGCUUAUUUGCAAUGAAUAGGACGAAUCGUGGUACAAUUAGCGGAUAUUUUCUCGCUGGACGAUAUAUGCAAUGGCCAUUGAUUGGAGCAUCGGUAUUUGCAUCAAACAUUGGUUCAGAACAUUUUAUUGGAUUGGCUGGCUCAGGUGCUGCAGCCGGAAUCAGUGUAGUUGCAUUCGAAAUAAACGCAUUACUUAUUCUACAACUAUGCGGUUGGAUAUUCAUACCGGUAUUCAUUGCUAGCAAAGUCUGUACAUUACCUGGUUAUAUAUCAAAACGUUUCGGUAGUCAUCGUAUACAAAUCUAUUUGGCUGUUUUAUCGAUGCUUUUGUAUAUUUUCACAAAAAUUUCGGUGAAUUUGUUUUCCGGCGCCAUAUUCAUACAACAAACAAUCGGUUGGGAUAUUUAUUGGAGUAUAUUGUUGUUGUUAUCAAUCACAUCGAUCUGUACGAUAACCGGUGGCCUUGGUGCUGUAAUGUGGACAGAAACAGCUCAAAGUAUUAUCAUGAUUUUUGGUUCCGGUACAUUAACCUAUUUAGCAUUGCAAAAAAUUGGCGGUUUUAAAAACUUGUAUCAUGAAUAUAUGAAUUCUCGACCGAGCAUCAUACCUAACAAUAUGUCCGAAUGUGCAAGUCCGAAUCCUCGAUCAUUUUUGUUGUUACGACCAUUGAAUGAUCCAGAUAUGCCAUGGUUAGGUUUUAUUUUUGGUCAAACAACAGCUUCCAUCUGGUAUUGGUGCACGGAUCAAAUGAUGGUCCAACGAUUAUUGGCAGCCAAAUCCUUAUCACAUUCACAGGGUGGUGCACUGUUUGCCGGUUAUCUCAAAUUAUUACCUUUCUUUCUGAUAAUCUUACCUGGCAUGAUUAGCCGAAUUCUCUACACAGAUCAAGUAGCAUGUGUUGAUCCGGUUGAAUGUUUCAAGCAUUGUCAAAAUCGUCAUAGUUGUACAAAUGUUGCAUAUCCACGAUUAGUUUUAGGUGUGAUGCCAUCACCACUUAAAGGAUUAAUGAUGUCUGUCAUGUUAGCAGCAUUAAUGAGCGAUCUUAGUUCAGUUUUUAAUAGUUCAAGUACUUUGUUCACUUGCGAUAUAUGGCCAUUAUUUCGUAAGAAUGCUUCCGUCAUGGAAUUAAUGAUUGUUGGCAGAACAUUCGUUAUUUUUAUGAUUGUCGUGAGCAUUGCCUGGAUUCCAAUCAUACAAUCAAUGCAAAAUGGACAACUAUAUCUUUACAUUCAGGAUGUGGCAGCAAAUCUAGCACCACCAAUAGCUGCAGUUUAUAUCAUGGCAGUCUUAUUUAAACGAGUCAAUGAAUCAGGCGCAUUUUGGGCUUUGAUGACGGGCCUCAUUAUAGGCCUUUUACGUAUGGGAUUAAAUCUACAUUACAUGGAACCAACUUGUGGCCAGUUAGAUCUGAGACCGUGGAUAGCCAAGGUUCACUAUAUGUAUUAUGCUAUAUUUGUCUUCUGGAUUACGGUUGCAUUCUGCGUCAUCAUAAGUUUAUGUACUGAUCCACCUGAAGACUAUUUGCUUAUUAGAACAACAUAUUGGUCACGAUUUGAUGAAAGAGAACGAAUCGAUGAACGAGAAGAAGAAAUGCAAUGGGAAAUGUUGGAAACAGAUAACAAUAGAAAUAAUAAGAAACAGAAUCAUAAUCACUCAAAUCAUAUUAUCGCUAUUGACAGUUAUUCACAAGAAUUACAGACCAAACAACAACCAAUAAAAUCAUCCAAUAAUAAUCCUCUUUGUAUUUUACGGCGAUUUAUUAUCUGGUUUUGUGGAAUUGAACCCGAAUCUCAGAAACAAAAUAACAGGAAGAAAAAAUCUAACAAUGAAAAACAUAAGCUAGUAUCGAUUGAACAGGAUGUUCAAGCAAAAAAAAUCCUAACAUCUGCAUUGAUCAUAAUCGUUUGCUUAGCAUUAUUCAUCUUUAUUUUCUUUUCCAUUCCAAAUUGGUGGCAAUUUAUAUUUACUGAUUGGAAGAUAUCAAUAAAUGAAUAAUCAGGAAUAAUCAUCAAAGUCCAUUCGAAAAUUUCCAAACAAAAACACAUUACACACUUGUUAGAUUUCAAACAACAAAAUCAAAUAAAAACUAAUAUAACCACUGUGAUU